AUGCGCGCUAUCUUAUCGUUGCCUAAAUCCAUCUGGGGAAACUUCAACACUCUUGAAGUUCGACUCACUAUGGAUUCUGACGAGAUUUUGCCUGAACCACGGCAUCUGGAGGAGGACCUGGACGAGAAAUAUCCGAACCGCCCCCGCAACAAUUCCCCGACUCUCCCAUUCCACGAGCUGUACCUGAACCUGUUCCACCCCCUCAGCCAGAUCAAGAAGAAACCAGCCACUACUGCACCUUCAAGACGCAAGAUCGGGCCUCACAAUAAAGCCGCGGCUCAAUUAAGCCCAUACGAGCUCCGUCGCGACGUCAUCGCCCGCUUCAUAUCACGAUGGCGCAAAGAGGUUGGUAACGACAUUUAUCCAGCCUUUCGGCUAAUUUUACCCGACAAGGAUAGAGAUCGACCUAUGUACGGUAUGAAGGAAAAGGUUAUUGGAAAGAUGCUCGUGAAGAUCAUGAAGAUCAACAAGGAAUCAGAAGAUGGGGACAUGUCCAUUGAGGAGGUAAAUGACAAGUUGGACAAGUUAGCCGCGACUUCGAAGGAAGACGAGCAGACUCCCAUCCUAGCUGAGUUCUAUCGGCGCAUGAACCCGGAAGAGCUAAUGUGGCUCAUUCGAAUCAUUCUGCGUCAGAUGAAAGUUGGUGCGUCGGAGCGCACGCUGUUUCAUAUGUGGCACCCCGACGCCGAGAAUUUGUACACCGUCUCCAGCAGCUUGCGGCGAGUGUGCUGGGAGCUAUAUGACCCAAAUAUCCGACUGGAGGCAGCGGAUCGUGGUAUUACACUCAUGCAGUGCUUCCAACCUCAGCUGGCUCAAUUCCAGAUGCACUCAUUCGACAAAAUGAUCAUGCGAAUGCAACCUACGGAGGAGGAUCCUGUUUUCUGGAUCGAAGAGAAACUGGAUGGCGAAAGGAUGCAGCUCCACAUGGCGCCAGACGACUCGAUCCCUGGUGGUCGAAGAUUUGCUUUCUGGUCUCGAAAAGCGAAGGAAUACACAUACCUUUACGGAGAGGGGAUCUACGAUGAAAAGGGAGCUUUGACGAGACAUUUGAAAGAUGCCUUUGUGGAUGGGGUGCAAAGCGUCAUUUUGGACGGCGAGAUGGUUACCUGGGAUCCUGAGCAAGAUGCUCCUGUGGCAUUUGGCACGUUAAAAACCGCGGCAUUGGCCGAGCAACGAAAUCCAUUUACAACUGGACCCAGGCCAAUGUUCCGUGUCUUUGACAUUCUUUACCUGAAUGGGAAAGAUCUGACGAAAUAUACACUUCGCGAUCGUCGCAACGCUUUAAAGGUCAUUCGUCCUGUCCACCGAAGAUUCGAGAUCCAUCCUUAUCAAGAGGCGAGUACGACUGCAGAAAUCGAGGCAUGCUUGCGAAACGUGGUCGCCGAAGCCUCAGAAGGUCUUGUGCUUAAGAACCCUCGAUCUCCGUACCGAUUGAACGAGCGCCACGACGACUGGAUGAAAGUGAAGCCAGAGUACAUGACCGAAUUUGGCGAAUCGCUUGACUUAGUCAUCGUGGGCGGAUACUACGGGCAGGGCCAUCGUGGAGGCUACUUGGGGAGCUUCCUAUGUGGGUUGCGCGUUGACGAUCCCAAAUCUUCCCAGCCGAUGAAAUGCUGGUCAUUCUGCAAGGUGGGCGGAGGUUUCACUGCGGCUGAUUAUCAGGAAAUCCGGCAUCACACGGACGGCAAGUGGAUGAAAUGGGAUCCAAAGAAACCUCCCACUGAUUUCAUUGAAUUGUCUGGUGGAGAUGCUCAAAAUGAAAGACCAGACAUGUGGAUCAGGCCAUCUGACUCGGUUGUCAUCUGUGUCAAGGCAGCCUCCGUUGGUGCCAGUGACAUGUUUCGCAUGGGUCAGACGUUGCGAUUCCCGCGGUUCAAGAAGCUCCGCAAGGACAAGAACUGGAAGAGCGCGUUGUCUAUCCAGGAAUUUCUGGAUCUCAAGUCCAAUGUGGAGCAAGAGCAUCAGGAGAAAGCGUUUAACAUUGAUAAUUCGCGAAGGAAGCGUGUCAAGCGGGUAGUGAAAAAGCCUUUGACCAUUGCUGGGUAUGAGGAGAAGGAGAAUGCCCAGUACAUUGGGCCUUCUGGUCGUAUCUUUGACCAACUUAACUUCUUCAUAAUGACCGACGCAAGUGUUCCAGAGAAGCACUCAAAGGGCGAGCUUGAGCAGCUUGUAAAAGCCAACGGGGGCAAAAUCUUUCAGACCAACACCGCUGUUCCAGGCACUAUUUGCAUUGCUGAGCGAAGAACAGUCAAGGUGGCUUCACUACUGAAAAGCGCAAACUCUAAUAUUGUGAGGCCAUCGUGGUUGAUUGACUGUGUCAAGCAGAACGAGAAGGAUGUGGGAUUACCUGACCUUCUCCUUCCCUUUGAGCCGAGGCACAUGUUCUUCGUCAUGGAAGGUCGAGACGAAGACAUCAUCAUCAACGUUGAUCCCUUCGACGACAGCUAUGCGCGCGACACGAGCGUCGAUGAGCUUAAAGAAGUAAAUCCUCAAUCGAAUGGAAACCACCCAACCGCAAAGCAACAUCCCUCUCGACCCACACACUCUCCGCAAAGUCGAAUCCCACCUGCAGACCAAAAUCGACUCAGGCUACACCGCACCUUGUGGCUGGCUCUUCCGUGGCCUGAAAUUUUUCUUCUCUUCGGCCGUACCCGUACCAAGGGACACGAGACGUUCGAUAAGACCCACACCGAGGACAUUGCUCUUUGCCUCGCGCGCAACACCGCCAGAUUCGCAUCCGCGCACAUUGCAACAUCAUUCAAAGACCCGGACGUAACUCAUGUCAUUGUUAAUCCAGAUACUUCGUCGCGCGAGGAUAUCGCUUCCCUGCGAGGAUCACUAGCUGCUAGACCAGGGAAAAAGAUCCCACAUCUCGUCUCGUUGCACUGGGUCCAGGAGAGCUGGAAGAACGGGACGCUCUUGGAUGAGGAAAGGUUCUCAGUAUCGCUAUAA